GAAAAAAAAAAAAAAAGGGAAGGAAAGACAGAAGAAGAAGAAGAAGCUCGAAGACAAAAGUGGAGUAAUUCGAUUCUACUGUAAUCCUCAAAGCUCGAGAUCUCUUCAAUGGCGGAAGAGCCCGAAACUACGUCGCUCCCCACCUCCACUCCUCCUCCUCCUCCUCCUACGCCUUCCGAGAAAUCUUCCCAGGGCACCUUCAACCCACAGCCUCAGGUUCCAUUUGUCUCUCGCUUUAUAGGUUUCGAUGGCGGUGAUAUGCAGAUGUUUCCGGUCAUGUACCCUGCAGUUAUCCCUGGUGUAAACUCACAGAAUCAGGACCAGUCGAAUUGGGGAGCAGGACUCUAUGCCGUUCCAGUUGGUCCAAAUAUGAGGACCGUGGCUGGACUUCACUCUGACACUCUUAUUCCCCUUACGUACAAUAUACCAACUCGGCAGAGUAGUGAGGCUGGGGCAGCCGGUCAGGAUCAAGGGCAAGUGGGACAACAGCAACAGCAGCAGAAUCAGCAGCAGCAUCCGCAUCAGCGGCAGGUCGUAGUGAGGAGAUUCCAAAUUGCUAUUCAGCUGGACUUGCUGCUGAUUCUGAAGCUCGCAGCUGUGAUAUUUUUGUUCAACCAAGAUGGGUCGAGACAAAGACUUGUGGUCCUCGUCUUCUUUGCUUCACUUGUCUACCUAUAUCAAACUGGAGCUCUCUCGCCGUUGAUACGAUGGCUUUCUCAAGGAAUGCAAAGGGCCGCCGCUCCUCCUCAUCCACCGAGGGCUGCACCUGCUGUGGCCGAAAAUGCUCCCCCUGCUGCUGGAGGGCAGGGGAAUGAAAAUGCUAACCUGCCAGCUGAAGGACAAGCUGGCGCUGAGAAUGAGAAUCCAGCUGCCAAUGAUGGAAACCGGGCAGCCGAGAAUUGAAUGUUGCCGAACCUGGUGCGGGCAACGGAGCUAACCACUGGUGGGGGAUUGUGAAGGAGAUCCAGAUGAUUGUCUUCGGAUUUAUAUCUUCUCUACUCCCAGGUUUUCACAACAUCGACUAGGUCAAUACAUCAACACCAAAGCCACGCAGAUCGAUCGAGGAGCUUUGAUGUAAUGGAUUUCAUCUUCCUUAUGUGAAAUAAAUGUAAAUUUUUGCUGUAGCCAUUAUAGAUGUGAUAUCGUCACAUACAACUGAAACUUGGUAGAUCGAGGGAAAUUGCUAAUUUUUUGCCAUCUUUUAUUCGGUGUUGCUGAAAGUGAAGUUAGUUUCUUGUGCGAUUUUUCAUGGGGCCUUUUGGAAUGGUAUCGUUUUGCCAUUUCACAUUUUA